GCUGGAGCCAGUCCGCGAGGUACUUGCAGUGAACUUCCAGUGGCGCGGACAUUGAACGGGCUUAGAGGCAGAUCCGCGAGGAGCCACUGCAUCUGCGGCGGACACGCGCGUACCUCCCACGUUCACGCGGAACCGCUGCACCGGUGCGAAAGAGAGGAGUUGGACUGAAAGAAAGCACGUUGCCUGUGGGAGCAAAGUUCUCUGAGGCUUCGGUGUGGGGCUCAUGGGAGAGAGAUGGCAGAGGAGCGUACUCUGGGCGGGCAGAAGUGAAGGGACAUGAUGAGAGAGUUAAGACGCUCCCUUUGAUCGCUAACACCUAACAAAACACGUUUGUACGACUUUUAAAAGACUUACUGAAGGACCUGUGGCGUUUUAGUGUUUCAUAAUCUUCUUUAAGAACCAGAAACUAAACGUCCCCUUUUGGCGCACCACGAACCACGGAAAGAUUCUGCAAACGUGCUGAGAAAAUUCGUAUCAAUAAAGCAAAAUCGCUGGCUGUGGACUUAAAUACCAAACCACUUGGCACGAUUUAAAACGCAAUCCAAAUCUCUUAUUGUCAUUUACUUUUUUUCCAAGAGAAAUACGCUGAGAGAGGAAAGAUGUUGGUCCGAUUGGCGGUGUCAGUGGCAAUUUUCCUCGGCUUAGUGGAAGGUUUUCCUACGAAGAAAACUCAAAAGAGCCCGGUGGUCAGAGCCGGUGCCAUCGCGGAGGCACAAGCCCAGACACCUUCCAUCGACGUUCUCCAGGACCUGGAGGCCAUGCAAGAGCACAACCAGGUAAGGACCAUCCCCUUCAACCACAAGAAGAGGUGGUCUCCACACCUGCCCAAGCCUGAGCCUGAAGAAGAGUCGAAGCCCUUCGUCCUGGAUUUGAAGAAUUUUCCAGAUCUCGCGAAUGUGGACCUCAGUUCCCAGAAUCCCAACAUUCAGGUCACCAUCGAGGUCAUCGACAACCCACAGGCGGACAUGGAGAUGGAUCUUGACGAGGAGAGCCACAAAGACUGGGGCGCCUCCUCCGUGGACCUGCCCGGGAACAAGAAACUCUUCUGGCCACUAUUCUGGGGCUACCCCGACUCGGAGGAGGAGGACUCGAGCCGGCCGAGCCUGGGGGAGACGACGACGGAGGAGGACAGCAGCGAGGAGCUAGUGCUGAGCGGCGUCGGGGAUGACUGGGAUGGCCGCUGGAGGAACGGAUGGGACACCAAGGAGACCUACGACGAGGAAGAGGAUGAGUGGACUGCUUGGUCGCCAUGCAGUGUGAGCUGUAGCCAAGGCAACCAGAAGCGCACUCGCGCAUGCGGCUACGCCUGCACGGCAACAGAAUCCAGGACAUGUGACCUCGAGCGCUGCCCAGGCGAUGUGAACGCCGUGACAGAGCUCAUCCCCUAUGAGACUGAGAACAGCACCGACUUUGUCGGUGCAGAGGUGGACAGCUGCGAGAAAUGGCUGAACUGCAAGAGCGACUUCCUGCAGAAGUACCUGCAGCAGGUGCUGACGGAGCUGCCCAGCUGUCCCUGCUCUUACCCCUCGGAGGCGCUCUACAGCGCCGUCAGCAUCUUCGACGAGCGGCUGCGGAGGGCGCACCGCUGGCGUGAUGCCAGCGGACCCCGAGAGCGCCUGGAGGUGUACAGGCCCACAGCACGCUCCUGCCUGCGCUCCAUGCUGUCUGGCGACAGUGGCACGCUGGCUGCACAGCUCUGUUGCUAUGAUGCACACAUGCGGCUGCUGACGCGCGGCAAGGGUGCGGGGGCGCCCGACUUGGUCAGUGCCGACUUCUCGCCCGAGCUGCACUUUAAGGUGGACGUGCUGCCCUGGGUGCUAUGCAAGGGCGACUGGAGCCGCUUCCACGUCGCCCGGCCACCCAACAACGGACUGGGCUGUACCGAGAACCCGCGUGAGGAUGUCUUCGCUAACGAGCUGGAGGAGGCCCGCGAGUACUGAAAAACACACAAGUGCCACUCUGAGUUCCCAUGAGCCUCGGCAUGGUGCUGCCCAUUUUACUGAGGAAUGCUCUUACUCAUGUCUGUGUGAGUGUUACUCAUUAACGGCCCGGUGUAGGUGUUCAAAGUACUGCUGCUGUGUUUGAUGCCCCAUAGUGACCCUCCCUUAAAGCUCGCCCCUCCCCCCCCUCCC